CUGAACCUCCUGAUCCCUGCCCCGAACACCACCGAGUUCGACCAGAAGGCGGAACUGCCUGCAUCCCAACCUAACGGCCAAGUCGAGCAAUGUGCACUUUUGGACGCAGUGUCAGAAACUUCUGCCCCCACGGCUCCUACCCCCGCUUUGUCGGGUGCACCAUACUCCGAAUCCGACAAUCCCAUUCCUGCUCCAGUUACCAUCACCAGUAUUGGUGAAAAUGUAAAUAUGGAUCAGACGCCAUCCUCAUCGUCCUCCUUAGCCGCCCGUCAAGACCUUCCGGAGAGGGGCGAAGGAGCGAGCCCUCCUCCCAGUUUCGCUGAAGGGCGGAACGAAGAGGAAGAAGAGGAGACAGAUGAGGAAACACAGGACGGGUCUUGCGCCACCAUCGUUAAGGUCUGUCCAUCCUGCCACCAUUGCCACCUAGUGUCCCUUAGAUCUGUGUCAUCUGCCCUAGCCCUUGUUAGCGAGCUGUGUGGAUUAGGUUCUUACAAUUUCCUCGCAUUUACGAAGUUUAUAUGUCGAUAG